AUGCAGCGUCAUAGGAAAAAAGAUCGCACGGAACGUGCGCCGCCAACUAUACAGAAGUAUCUUCAUAAUUCUGCUGGUUCACCCAUCAGCAGUAGUACUCCAGUCCCCGCUACCAACGAAAAUUUGUACCAGUCAUGCGUAGGCGGCAAUACAGGCAAGACCGGAUUGGUUUGUUGUCGGAAAGACGAUUUGAUGUUUCAUAUCGCUUCAACACCCGCGCGAGGAUCUUAUCCGGAAGAUGAUCCAGACUCAAUCGAAGUUUAUAAGGAGCAUCAGCAACAGAAACAUGACGAGCAGCGUUCAAUCCACGGAUCACGUACUCAGGAGCAACAAUUCGCCAAUAAGUGGUGUGCAGCCAAAGUGAGUCAGCUACCGCAGAAAGGAGGCGAUAUGACCAUUCCCCUAGGGGACGCGAUGUUGCUCCACCAUCAGCAGGAACAUCAGGAACAACUACUCUCCUGUCAAUCGAAUGUCUUAAGUAGCGGAAGCGCUGAGUAUUCAUACGCUUACUGCGAACCGAUGCUGUUGCAACGUCCCAGUGGUGAUAACUCAGAGGAAAAACUACACACACCGGUGUCCACGUUGUCGUCAUCCGGUUCCUCUUAUUGUGUGCCGGUAUAUGCGCAGCGUCAACUCCAGCACCCACCAUCAUUGCCACUACUCCAGAGAUCUUUCCGUCAGCCAUCUGCUCGUAACCCAUAUCAGCACACUUACGGACCAACGCAAGAUAGUGGAGGUAGCGGCAAUAAUACCACCACAACUACAUUACAUCAUCACCACCAUCACCAUCACCAUCAUAGCAAUUACACACUACCAAAUGCAACGACAGGAUCAACCACGACGACAACGACCGGUUCGUUGCGUGCCUUAUUUUCCAAUAUUUUCCGUAAAUCCUCGUCGUCUGGGACACCUGCGACAGUUGCACAUUCAGCCCCUUUUCUGGAUAAAGGAGGCAGUGGUACUUUACAACGUAACAGUUUCGGUGACGGAUCAUCGCUGUUAGGAGCAGAGCGCCACUCAUUUACAACCUGCUAUGGGACGAAGGAAAACAUUUAUGAGGACAUUGGUUCGCAAACUGGGCUAGGUGCUCUUGGAGAAGAAUCAUUAACACUAGACCCUUCUGUAACUGGUUGUGUGGGACUGUUAGCAUCAGCUCCACCACCUCUCCCUCCUAGUGGUGCCGGUUCCCCAACAGUCCCAUUGACGGGUCUUAGUGUGGCUGCUGAGUGGCGUCAUGUACAAGUGCAACACGAACGCGUUAUCGGCGAACUCAACCUUUCGGUCGAACGAUUAAUAAUGCCAUCAUACGACGAUGAGUAUUCACAACAAAAAGAUCAGGCACAUCGCUACCAUCAAUACACGGAAACUGAAAUACGUGAUUGUAAACAAAUAACCCAGAAGACGUUCUGCCGUCCGUCUGUUGGAUUCGAUAGUGAUGUUGCUGGUAGCGGUGGAACAAAUGCAUCAGUUUCCAUUGGAGGUUUGCGAGUAGGCUCAAAACGCCUCUUUCCUGCACCAACUCCAACUUCGUCUUCGUCACCUACGCCUCAUACUCUAGGGGUGGGUUCCGAACGUCACUCUCCAACAGUUUCUUAUGGGAAGUCAUAUGGAGACGUGGAUAGUGGCAUCAGCAGCAGCAGCACUAGCGGCACUAGUUACUCCAGCAGUAUUUUAUACCGAAGCAUUACUAACUACCAGCAGCAGCAACAGCACUCAAUUGGCAAAGAAGCGAAUGUGUUUGGUAGCAGACAGCAACAUCCGCAACGUAUGAAACAUGGUUUGUUUAAUUUGCAUAUUGGAUCAGCUGGAUCACCUGCCACGAUGUUUGCCAGCGGAAACAGAGCAAGUUGCUGCCUUGGGCCGAAAGAUCAGACGGUCGAAGCGAGACCAGAAGCAUUUGGAGUUCAAGCUAGUGGAUCAACAAACGCAGCAGUGACAAAUGCUCCAGAUCCGCCGCCGCCACCGGAUAACAGCUUGCUAACAUUUGUUUGUCCUACGUCGGACGGCAGCUACGGUCCCCUGACACGCGUACCUCAUUCGUCUGUGUCGUCACACACACUCACAUCUUGCUGUUUUCUGUCAGAUCAUAAUCUGUCGGAGCGUGAAAUAGCUAUGCGCCCAUUCGCCUCCACACACACAGAUCACCAGCAACGUAAAUCACGCGCCGAUCAGUUCGGAUCAGCACGCAAUGGUAGUGGUAAUUUUUGGGCCCGUUUCCGUAAGUUGAGAUUGUCUACAGGUUCUGGUGCAAAAUUAUUUAGUGCUAUUGAUAGGAAAAUUGAUACUGAUCUUCAUUUGGAGGAUUUCACCGGGGAGUCGAUGUGGCCUGAACCGGGCUCGCGACCAGUAUGUCACCAUCAGUUGCUCCAUCCUAGUUUGCCUCCACACCGUCUAACGUUAUUACCGCUAGAUGCACACAUGCAAUGCGCUCUGCCGCCGACAGGAUCCUUAAAUGCGAAUUUACCACCAACACCUCACCAACGCACACUACUUCCUUUCGUUACUGCAGUUGAACCGGAAGGAGGAUCUGUUCAUGGGCAGGACCAUGGAGCGGGGGAUGUAAAUGAUUGUUCUAAGCUUCCUCAACAACGCUCUUGCUCUCCGUCAACGCCAUCGUCGGUUGCGUCGUCUCCAUCCUCCGGAUCGUCAUCGUCUUCGUCUGUUUCACCAUCUUCGCCAAUGUCACCGGUUUCAUCGUCUUCUGGCUCGCCUGGGGCAAAACACAGUGGCAAUGAGAACCCCUAA